CUCCCCAGACCCACAUAAAAGAGAAAAUCACCCCCAUUGUCUCAGAUCCCUCUGUUGUUUGAGCGAGACAGAGAGAGAGAGUACUGUACCCGACCCGACUGUGGUCCACCCUAUUCCAGUGAGGAGCAAGACAAACCCAGGCCAAUGAAUCCCAAGUUAAUUGACAAGCCGAAGUCGAAGAUUACGGCUUCGCGUAAGCUCUCCCUGAAGAUCAUGCUGCUCACCAGGGCGAUGGAGCAGCUGGAACAGGAGACGCAGGACAGGGAUGAGGAGAAACUGAGCUACCUGGGAGAGCGACUGCCCCCCUUGCAGUUCUCUGGACUGUCAUUGGCUGAGCUACAGGACCUAUGUAAGCAGCUCCAUGGAAAGAUAGAUGUGGUAGAUGAGGAGAGAUACGACUGUGAGGCCAAAGUGACCAAGCACAACAAAGAUAUCCAUGAGUUGAAGCUGAAGGUGCAGGACUUAGGAGGGAAGUUUAAGAAGCCCGCCCUGAGGAAGGUGCGUGUCUCUGCAGACGAGAUGAUGAGAGCUUUGCUGGGAACCAAACACAAAGGCUCUAUGGACCUCAGGUCCAACCUCAAGUCUGUCAAGAAGGAAGACACCAACAAGGACAAAGACAAGGUGCUCACGUCUGAGGUGACUGACUGGCGUAAGAAUGUGGAGGCCAUGUCUGGCAUGGAGGGCCGCAAGAAGAUGUUCGACGCAUCUGGCGGCCAGUAAGCCAUGCUACAGCCUUGGGACGGGAACGACGCACGGACAUGGUCCAGAGAGGAGGAAGAGGAGGAGGAGCUGUGUAGUCCCUGAAAGUGCCCCGCCACACACCCUACAGUACAAAGGCAGCACAAAGGCAGCAUGGGGUUAAAUUGUGAGGAGUCCAGUGCUGAGCAGUCCAUUAGAUGGAUAUGUAGUUUUGUAAAACAGGUUGUAGUUCUCUGCUGGAGUGGAAGGGUUUCUAUAAGAGUUUUACAGAGCCUGCGAUUUCUUUCAGGUACUACUUACAAAGGCAGCAUGGGGUUAAAUUGUGAGGAGUCCAGUGCUGAGCAGUCCAUUAGAUGGAUUUGUAGUUUUGUAAAACAGGUUGUAGUUCUCUGCUGGAGUGGAAGGGUUUCUAUAAGAGUUUUACAGAGCCUGCGAUUUCUUUCAGGUACUACUUACCAAAUAUUUUACAACCCAGUAUAAACUCGUUUUGGAACCCAACCCAAUAUAUGAGAUGUAUGAGAUAAGAUACUAACAAGACUAGCGAAGUCCCCACCCCUUAAACGGAAACUCUCAGCUAAAGCACCAUCUUCACCCAAUCCUGAUACGUCCAAAUAACCAGUGACGGAAAAGCACCAAAACUACUGCUCCUCGUAGUCGUCACAUCCUACCAACUUUUGACAGACGAUAACAUUUAUGUUCCAUGAUCUGUCCACGAGAGAUUAGGAAUUGCUGCGUUUAUAAAGCACGUGAAGAUGUGAACUACCUAAACACGAUGAAGUUCCAUAAAAGUUAAGUGAAUGAUUGGAGUAAUGUAGAAUAGUGAAGUCAUCAUAGUCCUCCACUGAGUCAAACCUUUAGGCUGAUAGUCUUACAGAAAUAGGAAGGCUUGAGGCUGAUGAACGUUACAGUUGUCAAUAUCAUGAUGAUUUCCAAACUAAUUAAGCAACAUGUUGCUCUCUCGGACUCGGACUCCCUCAGUGCUGAUGUCAAUGGUAAAGCAGCAUGAUUUAACCCCUCGCUGACAUCCUCUCACAUGAUCUCUCCACCCUGUCGUUGACGACUUAGCCAAUCACGCUUCUUCAAAAGCUGUGUGUGGUGCAUAUCUCACUAUUGCUAUUUAUUAUGGAAGAUUAGAUGUACGUGUCUUUUAUUUAUGCCAUUAUAAAACAUGAAUCACCAAAGGAUGUC